AUGAGUCAAAACAAUCGUACGAUUCACGUCUCAAGCUAAAAUGAUCGCAGUAAAUCAAAGAAGCCUGAAAAUUAAAGCAACAACAACAAAAAUAACAAUAAUACAACCAAUACCAAUUCUGGUAGCGCAAACACAAACAGAUUUAAUGCCGAAGAGCUUGCUUAAGUGGCUGGAUCAAUUUUACACCUUGAUCAGUCUCGUGAGCCCGUUAAAUAAGAGACAUAAGUUACAAAUAUAUUCAAUUACUUGAAGCUUUCCUUCCUAAGCACAAGAGAGAGAUAAGAUUAGUUUAUGGUUUUACUUAAUUCAUCAUUAAAGACAGCUCUUUUUAUGAUGCUUGAAUGGAUUCCUUUCUUAGUUUAACUCUAUCAUAUUGGUAAAAUUGAUGAUCAGGAGAAAACUGGUGGUUUUGGUAUGGGUCUUGUAUGGUCUAACUGUUUUGCUGUUGGUCUAUUCGGUGGUUUAGGUGUAGGUGUAGAAACUCUAGCAAGUUUUGCCUAUGGUGCCUAAAAAUAUAAAAUGACAGGAGUUAUAUUCUAAAGAGGUUUUGCAAUAGCUACAACUGCAAUGAUUCCUAUCAUAUUAUUGAUGUGGAUGUCUGAUGAUAUUAUAACUUUUGUAAGUGGAAAAGCAUCUCUUGGUAGAUAUGCAGCUGAUUACUGCAGAUGGGGAAUUCCUGCUUUUUACUUUAGUGGAAUUUAUAACAUAUUUAAAGGAUUUUUAACUGCGUAAAAUGAAUAUAGUUUACCCCUUAUUACUGUAACAAUAACAGCAAUAUCUUCAUUCUUUUGGAAUUGGCUUUUUAUUACUGAGUUUGACCUCUGUAUAAAAGGUGCUGCUAUAGCUCGUAUUAUUACUGAAGCUAUGAAUCUAUCUAUAGUUUAUUAUUUAGUCUGUAAAAAUAGAAUUAAUGAACGUUGUUCUAUUUAACUUACAAAGCUUGCUUUCUAAGAAUGGGGAAGCUUUUUGAAAUUUGCAAUCCCUAUCGGAAGUCUUUUGACUCUCGAGUGGUUUAGUUAUGAAUUAUUUACUUUGUAAGCUUCAAAUCUUCCUGAUGAUUAAUUUGGUGCUCACGUUAUUAUGAAUAAUAUUAAUACUGUUUAUUACUAAUUCGGAUAUGGAGUAUCUAUAGCUAUUACUACUUAUGUAGGAAAUGAAAUGGGGAAUAAAUGCAUUGAAAAAGCUCUCGAUUUCUCCAAAUAAGGUAUUAUGAUUAUCUGUACCUUCUUAAUUCUAACAUAAUUACCUUUUACUAUGAUGAAGGAUUCCUAUGUUACUUGGUUUAGUGUUGAUAUUCCUACCUAGAUAUCUCUUGGUGAAUCAUUUACUCUUUUCUAAAUAUGUAUGAUUCUUGAUGCCAUUCUUGCUGGUGUAACAGGUGUAACUAGAGGUAUAGGAAAGUAAAAUUUUGCAGCAGCUUCAUUUGUUGUUUCAUAUUUGGUGAUUGGUCAAAUUAUUGCUUAUUUUCUUGGUUUUACUUUUAAUAUGGGUAUCACAGGUAUCUGGAUAGGUGUUAUGUUUGGUAUGAUUGUUACCACUGGCGCUUAAAUAUGGUGUAUAACUCAAUCAGACUGGAAUCAUCUCUUAUAAAUCAUUCAAGCUAAUAUCGAAAGAGAUGAAAAACGUAACAUGGAACUUAUGAUGUUAGAGGAAGCAAAUGCAGAACCAUUACUUCCAAUUAAAGGAGAAGAUAUCUCUUAGGCUGAGCUAGAAGCUUUAGCAGCUAAAACAGUAGAAAUAGAAAUGAAAGAAAUUAAACAUACAUCAAGUUGA